AUGACACCUGGGAACAGGAGCCAGAGAGUCAAGGGCAAUCCUUGGUUCGCCUGGAAACCGAAGAAAGCGACGAGUUCACCAACAGUUCCUGAAGAGCAAUCGCAAUGUCACGGCCCGAGAUCACCACACGGUUGGCUUCUAGAAGCCUAA